CAAAAGCGCGCGUGUACGCUGAUCGAAAAGCGCAAAGAGGCCGGUAAAACGGGGUUCUAUGUGUAAAUAUAUGCAAUUACGGCAUUUCUUACAACAAAUCAGACAAGUCAAAAUCAAAGCAACCAACGGAAGCAACAUGUGCGACACAGCUGUGACACCCGAUCAGCGCAACGUGGAGAUCAAGGCGCGCAUACCCGGCGGCGCAGUGGAGUUUGAACGUCGCCUGGGCAUUGCCCGGCAGCUAACCGAUGCCGCUGGCGAUUUAAUUGUGCAGCGCGAUGUCUUCUUCAAUUCACCAAAGGGCGGCCGGCUGAAGCUGCGUUACUUGGAGGCGCCGGCACGCUCCCAGCUUGUCUACUACGACAGACCCGAUGUGGCCGGGCCCAAGCUCUCCAAAUACAACAAAAUCGAGGUGGACGAGCCCGCGGUGCUGGAGAAGAUUUUGCGCCAAUCGAACGGUGCACUGGGCGUGCUGGCCAAACGACGGCUGCUCUUCCUUUACGAGCAGACGCGCAUUCACAUGGAUGAGGUGCAGGAUUUGGGGCAUUUCAUGGAGUUUGAGGUAUGUCUGCGGCCCGAACAGACGCCCGAACAGGGCCAGGCCAUUGCCGAGCAGCUGAGCCAAACGUUUGGCAUUGCGCCCGCCGAUCUGAUGAUGGGCUCCUACUUCGAUGCACUGACCAAGGCCGGAGAUUCGUGAAGUGCAUCCAAAAACCAAGUGGAUUGAAACUGUUCUGAUUGACCGAUUGACUGACUGAUCCACCUCAAGUUGUGGAAAAUGGGUGUAAAACAGUAACUUCAAACUUCGUUUCAUUAUUGAAAAGGCUUUAAACUCAGUUCUUUGUCUAAAUACAUUAUAAAACACAUUUGUUUCCAUUCCACCGCCGUGGAUGGAAAAUAAGGCCAAAUACUAAAUGCUUGUCUUAGGCUUCAAAAUAUUUAA